CUGUUGAACUGCAGAACGAUGGCAGAAGCAACGAACCCGGCGGCCACCUCUUUACCGGCACCCACCAUAUCCCUGCCGCUGGGGCUGGAUGUCAUCCGGACCUAUUCAGGAGCUCUGAUCUGCUUGGAGAUAGUCUUUGGGGGUUUGGUUUGGAUUCUCGUGGCCUCCUCAAACGUCCCCGUGCCAAUCCUCCAGGGCUGGGUUAUGUUCGUGUCUGUCACUUUGUUCUGCUGUUCAUUGGCCUACCUCGCUCUCUUCCUGCUCGGCCUCGCAGACCGAAUCAACACCGACUGGAACUUCAUGGAUAUGGUGUACCACUUCAUGGCCCUGCUCUUCUAUUUCUCUGCGUUUGUGCUGGAAGCAGCAGCAACGUCCGGAGUUCAUAAACACUACAUGAACAUGACAAUGUGCUUGUCCAAACCUGACACGAACAUCAUCACCUUCAUGGACUUCAGACAGUACAGUAUUAAUGUGGUUGCUACGAUAUUUGCUUUCUUUGUGACCGUGUGCUACGGCUGCAGUAUGUUCAUGGGCUUUAAGCGAUGGAGGAAGUGACAUUGAGAGUCACGGCAUCACAGCGACGCUCCCUGGUGACACGUUUACUAUCAUACACAAACACACACACACACACACACACACACACACACACACACACACACACACACACAGAGGAUUCUGCUCUUUCAGCAUAGACAUGUGUGUUUAGUGUAUUAUAGGUUUCAGUUUGUAAAGUUAAGUUUUGUGUAAUGUCACAAAACAUUUCUAUCACAAGUGUUAGAUAGUCUUCAGAAAAACUCCACAAUUCAGUGUGCUGUUAGUAUGCAACAGUGUGCAAAAGUUUGUACCCCUUCAUGAUUUCUGAACCAAAACAAGUAACCGGUCCAUCUGGUUUAUAUUUUAUCUACAAAAGAAAAAGAAAAUAAUUUUAAAAUGAGACAAAAAAAAUUUCCACAUCAACUUAAUAAUAUAUAAUAAUAAUAAUAUAAUUAUAACAACUAUAAUAAUAAUAAUAAUAAUAAUAAUAAUAAUAAUAAUAAUAAUGUUUAUUCCUUUACAUUUAUAUCCUUUUAAAAGGGGGUGCAAACAUUUGAUGUGAUAUUUACAUUUUUUUAAUAUCUUGACAUUUGCAUUUUUGUUACUUGUGAAAAUUGAAGGAACUAAACAUGUUUUUUAGCUGUAAAUCACAUUUUGUCUUCAUGUUUUCUGAAGGGUGUAAAAACUUUUGCAAUCACACCUCAGAGAAUAUUUAGAUUAAAAAUAGAUUUUUAGGUAAUUUAAUAAACGUUUUAAUGUCCAGUUUCAGUUUGAGUCUAAUAUAAUCUGUUUAUUUUAUUGUUGUCAAUAAAACAAUGAAUUUUUUGUGUUUUUAAUGAA